AUGGCUUGUUACCCCUUGGUAUAUAGGGGUUAAUACAAUGCUGGGAGGGAGGAGUGUUACCUCAGGGUAUUCUGGGGUUAAACAAUGCUGGGAGGGAGGAGUACCUUUUGGGGUUAAUAGAAAGGGAGGAGAAGCAGUGUUGAUGAUUUGAAUGAGGGGAUUGAGUUAGAACUUUUUUGGUCUCCGUUUACUAUUAUUUUAUAUUUACUUCCUUUCUCAGGAUUUGGCAGUCUCUCUCCCUCACUCGCUGGGGUUGGCAUGUGAGCGACAUGCUAGUCAGGUUUUCCAGAAAAUGAUGCCAGGCGGCCGUCACUGGCGUGGCAGGUUCAGCUCUGGUAAGAUCUACCACCAGGGACACCCUUUAUAUCGAGAUCGCUAUUCACCUGCCUUGCCUUCCUGUGCCCUGUGUCCCAGUUUGGACCCAGAUUAAUUACGGGACAACUGUUUGUCUCCUUUCCAUCCUGGUAGAACAUAUGGGAGGGAAGGGUGAUGGAUCAGGCAAUAGAUAGAUUCAUAGAUAGAUAGACCAUAUGGGAAGGAAGGGGGAUGGAUCAAGCAAUAGAUAGAUUCAUAGAUAGAUAAACCAUAUGGGAAGGAAGGGUGAUGGAUCAAGAAAUAGAUAGAUUCAUAGAUAGACCAUAUGGGAAGGAAGGGUGAUGGAUCAGGCAAUAGAUAGAUUCAUAGAUAGAUAGACCAUAUGAGAAGGAAGGGUGAUGGAUCAGGCAAUAGAUAGAUUCAUAGAUAGACCAUAUGGGAAGGAAGGGUGAUGGAUCAAGAAAUAGAUAGAUUCAUAGAUAGAUAGACCAUAUGGGAAGGAAGGGGGAUGGAUCAAGCAAUAGAUAGAUUCAUAGAUAGAUAGACCAUAUGAGAAGGAAGGGUGAUGGAUCAGGCAAUAGAUAGAUUCAUAGAUAGAUAGACCAUAUGAGAAGGAAGGGUGAUGGAUCAAGCAAUAGAUAGAUUCAUAGAUAGACCAUAUGGGAAGGAAGGGUGAUGGAUCAGGCAAUAGAUAGAUUCAUAGAUAGAUAGACCAUAUGGGAAGGAAGGGUGAUGGAUCAGGCAAUAGAUAGAUUCAUAGACAGACCAUAUGGGAAGGAAGGGUGAUGGAUCAAGCAAUAGAUAGAUUCAUAGAUAGACCAUAUGGGAAGGAAGGGUGAUGGAUCAGGCAAUCAGAGAAGGUGUCACACAUUCAGGUAUAACGUGGAACAGAAUACAUUUCUAUAUUGGUUCUGCUUGUUUUGCUCUUAGAUCUAGGUAUCACUCCUAGUGAUUAUGCUAUCUUUGCCAAUCAUACUGUGCUGGCCCCAGUUCUGGAUGGAAUGAACAUGAUGACUGUGGAUCGACAGAUCUGUGUGCUGUCUGUAGCCCUCACUAGAUUCAUGGAAGCCUGGAUGGGACACAUCCUACGGGAAAAACUCCGCUUCAGGUGGGUGAUGGCAGUAUGUGUAGACAGAGCAAACGGGUCAUUCGGGUCAUACCAUUCAUACUCGCUGUCUGUGUUUGGAUUUUGCAGUCUUCGCUCAUUUCCCUUUCCCCUUUACAGUCUGGUUGGUCUCUGUUCCCUCACAGCACUCUGUUAGGAUUGUAUUGUGCGUCUGUACCGUCCUUGCUCUCGAAGUUCCCUUCCCUUGCAGGAUAUCUCCUAUUAUUUUGCAUUGUGUAGUCUGUGUCUGUCUUGCAGCCUGCAGGGAGCUCUUCAGCUGAGAUGUGACUUUGAGACUGUUCGUGGUAUGCUGCGGUCUCCGAGUUCAGGGCUUCCUUUAGAACUGAUUGAAGUUGCCUUGUCUCUCCCCGUGUUCCAGCAGUCAGAGAAUGCCAUCACGUGUCUCCUGCAGCAGCCGUCUAGCAAGGCUUAUCUUCCGUCUCGUACUUGCCCCCUUCUGUGGUGCUGUAAGUUCUGAGGUUAAUGCUUGUUUCUUAUCUUUAUCUGUUUUUACAUGUCCCGUUUAACCUCCUUCUGCCUCCGGUUUCCAGGCCCUCUGCCCUGCCGAGCAGCCGUGGAGACCAUGUCUGACAGCCUGCAGAGUCUAGACAGCCUAGAACGCAGAGCAUGGUCAACGCGCCGUUCUGCCAACUUGUCGCAGCACAGCCAUGACUCCUACCUACCUCACAGUCAGCAGCAAUGGCUGUCUCUGCGUGUACACAAACGCUGGGAUGGACUGCGUGUACCUUGGGAAGGCCAGGAGAUGUCGGCUAGCUGA